CAUAUCUCAUUAGCAAUGGAGUAAUAUUAUCACCUUCAACAACUAAAAAUCCAGCAAUUUUUGAUUAUCCGUCUUUUCUUCGUGAAUUAAAAUUUGUGGAAUUAUAUAAUUCUGUAUCCGAUUGGCUUGCAACAGAAUCUAAUAAUAAUAUUAAUGAUGAGCAACAAUCAACUUUUUUAAGAAUUUUAAUUGCAGAACAAUUAUUUAAAUUGUUUAUGAAUAGGUGCCCAACUUUCGAAAUUCUUUCAUUAUCAGAUUUAUCACAUGAAGCGCCUAUGCCAUUGGUACCGCUUUUAACUGGAACUGAAACUGAUACAUGCUUAACUGGACUUAAAGCAUUUCAUUGUGUAAGUAAACAUGGAGGUAAAAGAGAUAUUUUUCGAGCCAUGUCUCAAGUUUCUGAAACUCUUGAAACAAUGUGGGUCGGUGGAGUUGAGCAAGAAAUGGAAGUUAAAGCUUUAAGUAUUUUUAUAAGAGCACAAAAAAGAUUAAAGGCAUUUAAAUAUUCAUGGGAUUAUCAAACACGACUUCAAAUUAUUUUAAUUGAAACGCUUGAAGCACUUAAAACACAAGCAAAUAGUUUAACAACACUUCAUUUUGAAUAUUGUAAUUUCGCACAUUGUGAUUCAUUAGAACCAUUAGCUGCAUGUGUGAAUUUGGAAAUUAUUCAAUUUAUACAAUGCAUAUAUUUAGCGGAAAAAAUGCGACCUUUAGCAAAAGUAUUUUUCCCACGAUUAAAGACACUAGGAUUUUAUUGUAAUUUUCUAGAUUCAGCAAGAUAUUGGAUAGAUCCAUGUGAUAUUGCAGCCAUAGUUAAAAAUUCACAUAAUAGUUUAGAACAUGUUGUAUUACCAAGAGUUGGAAAUUAUGAAGGAGGAUCACAAAUUUUAAUAAAAGCACUUCGUCAUUGUAUAAAUAUUAUUAAUUUACGACUACAAAUUCGCCAAGGAGAAACACAAGAUUUUAUGGAAUUCUUUAACAAUAAUAAUCGACUUGAAAUAACAACUUUUAUUUGUCAUGGAGAUUUUAAUGUUGAAGAAUUGUUAACACAAAUGAGUCGUAGAUGGCCGAAUACAUUAUCAACCCUAAAUAUUAAAGGACAAUGGAUGAUAACACCAGAAUCUUUAAAAACAUUUCUUAAAGAUAGUAAAUCAUGUUUAAAACAUUUGGAUUUACAUUCAUCUAAUCAUUUAACGGAUGAUCAUGUUGCAGCAGUUAUUGAAUAUUUAAAAGAAAUGAAAGCGGCGAAAAAACCUCAUUUAUGUAGUAUUUUUAUGUCUGGUGAAGGUGAUAAUAUUACUCCAUUGCUAAUGAGAUAUGCUUUUGAUUUUUCACAAAGACAA